CGCGGAGGUGAUUGCGAGCACUACGGAACGAGGCGCUGUGUACACGGGGAGAUGGUGUCUGUCACGUGGUGAUAAGAUAUAGCUCGUUCUGGCACGUGAUGGGCGCAUCAUACUUUCUUGUGUCUCUGCCUUCAUCUUCAUCUUCAUCUUCAUCUCUAUCUUUCUAGUUCAUUGUUCUCGGGAUUCCAUUUCGAUCAUAUAUAUUUUGGCAAUUCUACACACAAUCAAGAAUAAUGCCCCCACCUCUAUCUCUCGGCCUCAACCUCUCCAACAAAUCCAAGCCCAAACCCGGCCUCAACCCCCUCGGCGGCGGCGGCCAAAAACGCAAGAAAACCAUCUUCGAUGAUUCCGACUCUGACACCGAGGCUCCCUCCAACGCCACCAAUGCCAAUCAGGCUAGCAAUGAAAUCGAGAUCUCCACGAUAGGCGGACUAGAGGAAUCCAGCAGCUUCCCUCCCUCUCGGAAAAACAACCAGGACGAUGGAGAAGGAGGACAACGACCCCCGAAACGCAAAUUGCUCGCACCCGGCGCAGCAGCAGGGGCAUCGAAGCCAUCGAAUUUCAAACCAUUGAGCAAGAAAUCCAUUUUCGCAGAUGACGAUGAGGAGGAUGAGAAGAAGGAUACAGAUGAGGGAAAGGAUACGACAGUCUACGGGUUAAACACCUCCGCAGCGGAGAAGAAAAAAGAAUACACGAAUCUCGCCGCCCUUCAUAGCAGUCGCAAACACGCCGCAGAGGCAGAAACUCUCGAUCCAUCGAUAUAUUCCUACGAUGCGGUGUACGAUAGUCUACAUGCCAAGCCGGAUGCGAAGAAGAAGGCGGCGGCGGAGGAGAAGGCGGCCGGGAGCGAAGUGCCGAAAUAUAUGACGCAGUUGUUGCGGAGCGCGGAGGUGCGGAAACGGGAUCAGAUGCGGGCGCGGGAUCGGUUGUUGGCGAAGGAGCGUGAAGCGGAGGGAGAUGAGUUCGCGGAUAAGGAGAAGUUCGUGACGGCGGCGUAUAAGGCGCAGCAGGAGGAACUACGACGGGUGCAGGCGGAGGAGGAGGCGCGGGAGAAAGAGGAGGAGGAAAGGCGGAGGAAGAACGGGGGUCGGGGAUGGCAUGAGGCCGUUGUGAAGGCUGCGGAGGAGGCGGCGAAACGGGUGAAGGAUGGGAUGGAGGAGGGAGCUGCUGAGGAGGAGGAAAAGAAGGAGAAGUCGGAGGCGCAGGUGGCGGCGGAGAUGAAUGCCAAGGGGGCGCAGAUUGCGGUGAACGAUGAGGGUCAAGUGGUGGAUAAGAGGCAGUUGUUGUCGGCGGGGUUGAAUGUCGCGCCGAAGCCGAAAGCUGCGCCGAAGGAUACGGCGGCGGCGGCAGCCGCUGCACGGGCAGCGGUGCAGGCGAGGUUCGGGGCCCAGCGGCAGGCGGAGCGGGGUGGCCAGCGGGCGCGCCAGACGGAGAUGAUUGCGUCGCAGUUGGAGGAGCAGGCGCGACAGGAGGAGGAGGCCGAGGCGGCGCGGCAGAAGGAGAUUGCGGAGCGGAGUCGCAGUCGCAAGACAGAAGGAGAGGUGUCGAGUGCGAAGGAGAGAUAUUUGGCCAGAAAGAGGGAACGCGAGGCUGCUGCGAAAAAGGCGUAGUUGGAAUUCCGUUCAUGCAUGGUUGGCGUUCGUAUAGUUACUGUACAGUUGUAUGAUAUAAUGAUGGAUUGGAUACUUGACAUAUGCGGGCUGAUCAUUGCCCAGAUGGGUGUUAAUUUGCUCUAGUGGGCGAGUCUUAAAAGAAGCUCGAGAUAGACCCGGCUACGCUACUGAGCCCGAUAACAAAGAAGGUAGUCU